UGCUGAUGAAAGUAAAAUAACGAAGAUGAUGCGAUGAGGUUCGUGGGAUUAUUUUUUCGCGUCGCCGUUUGGGACAUGUGCGUCUGAGAAGCCAAUGUUGUGUAACGUGAGAACGUGCUCGGACCAUUAUGAAAGUGACCGUGUACUUCGGGAACGUUCGCGUGAUCGUGCCGUGCGGAAAGGGGGAUAUUCUGGUGCGAGAACUCAUGGAGCUGGCCAUCACGCGGUACAAGAAAGCUACGCGCAAGUGUCCUUCUUCGGUGGUGACCAUCCACAACCUGAAGAGCUCGAGAGAUGACGGGAUCCUCUACCCCGACGAUCGGCUGGAUGAUGUGGCCGAUGACCGGGAACAGAUCAUCGCCGUGUUUGAAGAGAAUGGGCGCCCCCCCUCCCCUCUGGGGGAGCCUCGGAGCGAGAGCUCCCUCUGCACCGGGAGCCCGGACCUGUUCAGCGUGGAGGUGGGCUCCCACUACAACCCCAGCGACGGAGAGGCCACCGACGAACAGGGUCCCGCCAUGCUGCAGGUGCGCCGGGGCAGCGAGCCGGCCCUCAACUGCCUCUUCCCCCCCGUGGACCUCAACAAGCGGUGGUCCACGGCCGUCGUCAUCAACGCCACGCCGGACCUCAACGGCAACGGGCCGGCAGAGGAGGAGGAGGAGAGCGGCUCUUUCCUGCGUGGUUCUGGGCGGCUCUCGGUGCUGGGCGGCGAUGCCGAGACCUCCCGCUGGGUGGAGGCCGCGGACCGGCAGCUCAUGAAGGAUUUCAAUGAAAACUUCACCCUGAAGGUGUGCAAUGGAAACGGAGCUGAAGAGAGCGACAGUUCGGGAGACGAGAGGGAGAAGACGAUCAUCCUAAAGAACGAAAGCGGCCCGCUGGGGAUCCACGUGGUGCCCGACUACGACGGUCGAGGGAGGGACACGGGCCUGGUGAUCCAGGGCAUCGAGAGCGGGGGCCGCAUCGACCGGGACGGCCGCUUCCGGGUGGGCGACCGCAUCACCCGCAUCAACGGGAAGAGCCUGCGGGAGGUCUCCUUCCAGACCGCCCAGGAGGUCUUCAAGGACGCCCUGCGGGCGUCGCGCAUCCGCCUGGAGCUGGUGAGGGGGGCGGGCCCCCGGGCGGCGGCGGCACCCCGCAAGCCCCCGCCCCCCGUCUACCCCGAGGGGAAGAGGGAGGAGGACCUGGUCGAGGGCGAGGAGAGAGCGGGCGGCACGAGCACGAGGGUGGCCACCGUGACCCCCACCAAGAAGGUCCCAGCCUCGGCCACCCGGCGCCUGGCCUCCGCCAACACCCGGCGGAUCGGGAGGAUGAUCACCGUGCAGCUCACCAAAGGCGACUCUGGCCUGGGCUUCAGCAUCACCACCAGGGACAACUCCGCCGGGGGCCGGUCCCCCAUCUACGUCAAGAACAUCCUGCCCAAAGGGGCCGCCGUGGAAGAGGGCAGCCUGCUCCCUGGGGACCGCCUGCUGGAGGUGAACGGGAUCCCGAUGACGGGCAAGAGCCAAGCGGAGGCGGCGCGUGUGCUGCGGGACAUCCCACCCGGGGAGAGCGUUCGCCUGGUGGUGUCGCGCCAGGAGGCGGAGGAGGAUCCCCCGGAGAAUGGUGCGGUGGCGUGCGAGGAGGAGGAGGGCGCCGGCGUGUUCCCGUGGAAACACCGAGAGAUCCUGACGUUCCGCAUCCCCCUGGAGGAGGCCCCCUCGGGGGGCCUGGGGGUCAGCGUCAAGGGCAAGAGCACCUCCGCCCCGGGCGGCUCCGUCGACCUGGGGAUCUUCAUCAAGGGCAUCAUCCCGGGAGGGGCCGCCGACAAGGACGGACGUCUCUCGACGGACGACCAGCUGGUGAACGUCAACGGCAUCUCCCUCCUGGGCACCAGCAACACUGAUGCCAUGGAGACGCUGCGGGGUGCCAUGAGCCGCUCCGACGGCCCCAUCCGGAACGCCGUCAUCCUCACCGUCGCCCGCCGCGCGUCCCGGCCCCCCUCGGAGGUGGGGGGUGCCCCCCAGGGGGACCUCCCCCCGUCGCUCUGGGACGGCACCUGGAACGGCACGAAGGACGACCCGGCGGAUAUCGGGGUGCCGCCCGGACGCAACCCGGUCCUGGAGAGGCUGACCGGCCGAGAUCCGGAGGGCGACGUCAGGACGUGCCGCCUGCCACAGAUGGUCGUGACGGACACUGACGAGAGGGAGGCGUACUGCGCCACGGGCGACGCCGUCAUCAUCGAGGGGGAGUACGACCCCAGGCUCAAGAAGGUCGGCCCCGCCCCGGAGGGCGUGGCCCCGGCCAGCAGCCAGCUGUCGCUGGCGGAGGACGGCGGCGGGGAGGGCUUCGCCCGGGACGGCUUCGGCCGCCAGAGCAUGUCGGAGAAGCGGCACGCCCAGCUGGACGCCCGCAGCACCGACACCUACCAGCGCAGCAAGCGAGCCAAGGAGGAGCGGCAGAGGCAGCACGCGGAGUCGGACCCGGAGCGCGGCCCGUCCCUGGGCCUGCGCAAGUCCAGCAGCCUGGAGAGCCUGCAGACCAUGAUGCGGGAGCUGGACCGGGAGGACGAGGAGGCCCGGCGCAGGGCCGCCGCCCAGUCCUCCAGGGGCGGCGCCAGGAGCCGCGGCUGCAACGAGAGCUUCCGGGCGGCGGUGGACCGCUCCUACGACGCCCCGCCGCCGCCCUCCAUGGAGACGCUGGACGAAGAGAGCGAGAGCGGCAGCUCUUCCGGCCACCUGCUGACCCGCAGUGCUGACCUUGCCGACCACAUCGACCCCCUCUACGUCUAUGGACAGGUGGGCAAAAGCUCCUCCAAGAGGAAGAGCCUGCUCAAGGGACUCGGAUCCGUCUUCAAGUUCGGCAAGAAGGGGAAGUCCCCCCAGGACCCCAGGGGGAGGUCGGAUGAAGACGAAGAGUCACACCGAAGCGAAUCCAGGGAAUCAGACAGGGCCCCCUCUGACGUGCAGGGCCGGCGCCUGCCCCCCGUCCCUCGGGGGGAGGUGGAGGGGUUCCCCCCCAACAGGCAGGAGCGCAUGCAGAGCCUGCGCGAGCAGCACCAGCGAAUGCACCAGCGCAGGCAGGGGCAGUACCCCCUAGACCACCAGGAGGAGUACUACGAGAAUGUGCUCAAGGAGAAGGAGAAAUACGUUCCCCCCUACGAGGUGGUCCAUGGGCGCUCACGCAGCCUGGAUGUUCAUGAUGAGACCUCAAGAGUCCCCGAUCCCGGUCGCUACGGCCACUACGUGAACUACGAAGAGAUCCGGCAGCAUGCUCGGCGGCGAGCGCCCCCCACGGUGGAGGGGGUGGCCGAAGCCCCCCGCCGCCCCCCACCCGAGGCCCCUCGCUAUGACUACGGGCGGGCCGGCCUCCACGAGAACAACAGGCUGUACUCUCGCAUCAUUCCAGGGUCCAAGGUCUGA